AUGGGGGACAGCAACGAAUUCAACAACGAGUACAACAAUCCAACGAAUGAGGAGCCAACGUUUGAGGAGGACGACGAGGACAAGGAAAUUGCAGUGAUGAAAGAACGGGUGAAGCAAAUGGAGGAGGAAGCAGCCAGGCUGCGUGAAGUGCAAGAGUCUAAUGAAAACGGAGAGCAGCAGCAGCAGCAGCAGACGGCGCAGAACACCCAGGAAUCACAACAAGACCCACAACAGAGCGAAGACGCCGGCGCUGGUGAGCAGCAGCAGGAUCCUUUCGGAGCCGGUGACGAGGAUAUGCAGGAGUCGGCUGAGGAUGUCGACGGCAGGUCUGUCUAUGUUGGAAAUGUUGAUUACAGCGCUACACCGGAAGAUUUACAAAAACACUUUGCAGCGUGUGGCACUAUCAACCGCGUCACCAUCCUCUGCGAUAAGUUCAGCGGUCAUCCUAAAGGUUACGCGUAUAUUGAAUUCGCUGAGCCGGCCUUGGUGGAAAAUGCUAGUGCGCUUAAUGAGAGUUUGUUCAAGGGCAGACUGAUCAAGGUUGUCGCAAAAAGGAAGAACGUCCCCGCUUUCGCACUCAAGCGUGGCAGAGGCAGAGGUAGAGGCAGAGGUUUCCGCGGUAGAGUGUUCAGAGGCAGAGGUAGAGGAUCCUUCUAUUAG